GCCGACUGAAUGCAGUCGGCAGUGACGUGCUCCGAAGCAAAGAUGGGCUUUUUUCCCAAUUUCUCCAUUGAGAGCUGGACUUUGAUAGCAUUUCUCAUUACUCUCGUAGCAGUAUAUGGAUAUGCUCCAUACGGUUUCUUCAAGAAACUAGGCAUCCGUGGGCCCAAACCUUUGCCUUUUAUGGGGACCUUUUUGGAGUACAGAAAGGGAAUCCACAAUUUUGACAUAGCAUGCUAUCAGAAAUAUGGAAAGGUGUGGGGGUUGUACGAUGGCAGGCAGCCUGUGUUGUCCAUAAUGGACACAGCUAUGAUCAAAGCAGUCUUGGUUAAGGAGUGUUAUUCUGUCUUCACCAACAGACGGGAUGCAGCCCUAAGUGGACCAUUGCGUGAUUCUCUAACAGUAAUCAAAGAUGAGCAGUGGAAGAGGAUUCGCAGUGUACUCUCUCCAUCAUUCACCAGCGGACGACUGAAAGAGAUGUACACAAUAAUGUUGCAACAUUCAAGUAACCUGAUGAAAAGUCUUUGCCAGAAAGCAGAGGCAGAUGAAGUCAUCGAGGUUAAAGAAGUAUUUGGACCUUACAGUAUGGAUGUUGUGACCAGCACUGCCUUCAGUGUGGACAUUGACUCCAUCAACCAUCCCUCUGAUCCUUUUGUAGCAAACAUUAAGAAAAUGAUGAAGUUCAGUUUCCUGAAUCCCUUGCUUGUAUUUGUGGUCUUGUUUCCGUUCAUCCUCCCAUUUUUUGAGAAGAUGAAUGUGUCACUUUUCCCUGCUCAAGUGUUGGAUUUCUUCUACAACUUUCUGAAGAGGAUCAAAUCAGACCGGAAUAAGAACCAACACAAAAACCGAGUGGACUUCAUGCAGCUGAUGGUGGACGCUCAGAUAUCAGAGAGCAGCAAAGAGGAUACAAGCUCCUCAAAAGGGCUGACUGAUAAUGAGAUCCUUGCUCAGGCCAUGAUAUUCAUCUUCGCUGGCUAUGAAACCACUAGCAGCUCACUGGGAUUUUUAGCCUACAACCUCGCAACCCAUCCUCAGAUCCAAAAGACCUUGCAAGAGGAGAUUGAUCAAACCUUCCCAGGAAAGGGUCAGCCAAACUACGAAGCCUUGAUGCAGAUGGAAUUCCUGGACAUGGUGGUGAAUGAGUCAAUGAGGCUGUACCCUAUUGCUAAUCGGGUAGAGAGAAUGGCAAAAGCCUCUGUGGAAAUUAACGGCGUGACCAUCCCUAAAGGAACUGUCAUCAUGGUACCAGUUUACGCUCUUCACCGUGACCCCGAUUUGUGGUCUGAGCCUGAGGUCUUCAAACCUGAAAGGUUCAGCAAAGAGAACAAAGACAACAUAGAUCCUUAUGCCUUUCUACCCUUUGGAGCAGGGCCAAGGAACUGUAUUGGCAUGCGAUUUGCCCUUGUGAUGAUGAAGCUGGCCAUUGUAGAGAUCCUUAAGAGCUUCAGCUUUGUUACCUGCAAGGAGACAGAUAUCCCAAUGGAGUUGGGAACCAAUGGAUUUACCUCCCCCAAGACUCCCAUCAAGCUGAAGCUGAAACCCAGAGCAACUGUUGCUGAUUCUUCCUCAAGCUAACUCUGAUUAUCUGUAAUCUGCUAGCUCUCACUUUGACUAAUUGCUUCCCUAUCAAAUCAAGUCACUAAUUUUUUUCUGCUUUGAGAACUUGUUAUAAAAAAAUAUGUAUUUAUCUUAAACAUUGUCUAUGACUAUGCACAAAUGAGCCGCUUACCUAUAGGUAUUCUGUCAAAAAGAAGCAUAUAUUAAAGUUUCCAGCAUAAAAUUUCAAUUAAAAAUGAGAUGAGCUGAUGCAUAAA